UCCCCGCACGCCCGCGCCUCGCGCCGUAACCCCACGCGGUGACGGCAACCCCCGCUCGCCGCCCGCCGGCCACAGGCGACGAGCAUCCGCCUCCUCUCGCCGGCGACGAGCCUCCGUCCCUGCAACUUGGACCCAGGCUCCAGGGAAAGUUCAUCCCCUUCCCUGUUCUCGAUCUCCUCCUCCUCCUCUUCUUCUUCAGUUCGUAGCCGCUUGUUGCUUGAUUUCUUUGCUCCCCACUUCGUCUUCCUCUCCCCAUUCUCAAUCUAUUUGGAUGCAGUAGAUGGCGUCUCCAAAUAUGAGCAGUGCUAGUGCUAGCGGUCUUUUGGUCUGGAUGAGCCGCCGGUUGAUAUUGUGGAUGACAAUGAACCAAAUAAGGAAUACGAACUUGCUGCUGCAUGAAUUGCAAGCCCGAAUGCCUUUUUAUUAAUUUUCUAAAUUUCAGAGAGACUACUAUAUUUGAGAGCUGAUGAGACUUCAGACCUUCUGUGAUGUAAUAAUACUACUCUUAAGUAGUUCAUUGUGAGGUUUAAUUGUUAUAUCGGUUUUAAAUUCAGACCUGCAUUACUAUGAUUUUUAUUUUUUUAGAAAAAAUAGUAACGUAUCUGUGUAUCGGGUAUCAGGUUUUUUUUUUAUAGAAAUUACUGUAUCUGCUUAUCUGUAUCCUUACAUGUAUCUGUAUCCGUGCAACUUAGUUCUGAACAAAUGCUACUGGAUAAAGUCUGAUUGUGAAAUAGUUGUAGUGUUGAAAUCAUUCGAAACCACCAUCUGAUCUAACUUCUGUAGUAGUACUAACUAACACAGAUGCGGAGGAGGAGGAAGCAGACCGCAGAAGGAAAAGGAGCCUCAGCUCUAAAGAAGGCAAAGCCAGGAGAGAGUUCAACUGCCCAAGCUGGUGCACCCCAAUCUCGAUACCCGCCAUUUUCAACAAGCGGCAAGAUCAACGAUCUGCAGAAAUGGAAUGAGGAGUGCCAUAAGAUCAGUGAUAUGCUUGAAAAAGAUCCUGAUCGCAUUCGCUAUGCCGCGAUGGAGCCCAAAGACUCGGGCACCACCAAUUCUGUCCAGAGCCCAGGAGACAAGAUGAUGAUUCUGCGCGCAGCACGCGGUGUUGUCCAUGUUUCCAUUAUGCAUGAUGGGGAGAGGCUACCACAGUGUUCUGGGAUCAUCAUUAGACACUGGUCUGAGACACCUGCUUGCCACCAUGCCAUUAUAGUGACGUGUUCUGAAGCUGUGUGCAUAGAAGGCAGGAAACUUGAUCCCUUACCCAAGCUAUCUGUUGGCUUGUCGGGCAAGAAGACUGUCUUGGAUGCAGAGCUUCUUUACUUAAGUGAUCAUUAUGACAUUGCUCUACUGCGCAUCUCUUUAGAUUUUCCACUUGAGCUCCCUUCUGUUGGACAUGGCCCGGAGUAUGGUCAAGAAGUUUUUGUGUUGGCUAGGGACGAUGACAUGUCCUUGGGGGUUAGGCAUGGAAAUGUCAAAUGGCUAGAGGAAUCAAACAUUUUAGGGCGUGACUUCUACAUGUUUCUCAGCUGUGACCUCCCUGUGGGUGGCAAUGGUGGAAUGGUGAUUGACCACAGUGGGAAGGUUAGAGGGAUGGUUGUCAGUUGGGAUCCACAUCCUGCUGUUAUUUCAAUUUCUACUAUUGUAAAAUGCGACGACAUGUUUAGACAGUUCAAUCGCGUUGCUCGUCCCAUUCUUGGUUUAAACGUCAGAACAAUAGCGAUGUUGGACGUGCAGCUCCAGGAGGAUCUCUCUGAUAUCGACAUCAAUAGUGGUUAUCUUAUAGAUAAGGUACAAUAUGACUCUGAUGCUGAGAAUCAUGGUAUUAAACUUGGUCACGUGAUUAUUUCGAUCAAUGGGCGGGAUGCUCUAACAUUACCUGAGUUGGAAGAUUAUCUUCUAUCAAUUGGUUUGGACUAUUUGAGAGACAAUUCCAUGAAUGAUAUUAAGCUUAUAGUGUGUGAACUCAGAAGUGGUGUGAGAAGAGAAGUUGCACUUCCUGCCAGAUUCAGUGACGCAUGUCAGCGGCUUGAUGCAUGGGCUGACUAGGUUUUUUGCGAGCCUUCCUCCUCAAGGUGACAACUAGACACGCCCAGCGACUGAUAAGGUGUUCGAUUGUUCUUGACGUUGUGGUUGCUGCUCAGCUCAGCUUGGCUCAACGUGGGAAGAUGAAGCAGACAAAACUAUGAGAUUGUCUGAUGUAAUCUAGAGCAUUGGGAAGUGGGAACCUCGUCUUAAUUCUUUCUUUUUCCUAGUGCCACUUGCAUACGCACCUAUGCGCAGCUUAUGAGAUUGGCAUUAUUGGUCGGAGGUUACUGAAACUUUGUUUUCAUAUCAACUUCCGGCUGUGCUACCAAAGCAGCCAUGUUCCA